CUCGCGCCUCCACAGCUCCACUACCUCUCCUACCCCCUCCUCCACCUCUGUGGUCUCUAGCUACCUCCCUCUCCAUUGCUCAAGUCGCCGCGGCAUCCAUUGCCAUGGCAGUCCAGCCUUCCAUGGAGACGCAAGCGCCCGGGAAUUCUUCUCCACCCAAGGAUGGCAGGAGCGCCGAGGAGAAGGCUGUGGAGGACUGGCUCCCGAUCAACGCGUCGCGGAACGCCAAGUGGUGGUACUCGGCGUUCCACAAUGUCACGGCCAUGGUCGGCGCCGGCGUGCUCGGCCUCCCCUACGCCAUGUCCGAGCUCGGCUGGGGCGCCGGCAUCGCCGUGCUGGUCCUGUCGUGGGUCAUCACGCUGUACACGCUGUGGCAGAUGGUGGAGAUGCACGAGAUGGUGCCGGGCCGGCGGUUCGACCGGUACCACGAGCUCGGGCAGUACGCCUUCGGCGAGAAGUUGGGCCUCUGGAUCGUCGUGCCGCAGCAGCUGAUCGUGGAGGUGGGCGUGAACAUCGUGUACAUGGUCACCGGGGGCACCUCGCUCAAGAAGUUCCACGACACCGUCUGCGAAGACUGCAAGAGCAUCAAGCUCACCUACUUCAUCAUGAUCUUCGCCUCCGUCCACUUCGUGCUCUCCCAGCUCCCCAACUUCAACUCCAUCUCCGGCGUCUCCCUCGCCGCCGCCGUCAUGUCGCUCAGUUACUCCACGAUCGCGUGGGGCGCGUCGGUGGACAAGGGGAAGCUGGAGGACGUGGACUACAGCCUGCGGGCGACGACGACGCCGGGGAAGGUGUUCGGCUUCCUAGGGGCGCUGGGGACCGUGGCGUUCGCGUACGCGGGGCACAACGUGGUGCUGGAGAUCCAGGCCACCAUCCCGUCGACGCCGGAGAAGCCAUCCAAGAAGCCCAUGUGGCGGGGCGUCGUCGUCGCCUACAUCGUCGUCGCGGUGUGCUACUUCCCCGUCUCGCUCGUCGGCUACUGGGCCUUCGGCAACAGAGUUGACAGCGACAUCCUCAUCACGCUCUCCAGGCCAAAGUGGCUCAUCGCCCUCGCCAACUUGAUGGUCGUCAUCCAUGUCAUCGGCAGCUACCAGAUUUACGCGAUGCCGGUGUUCGACAUGAUAGAGACGGUGCUGGUGAAGAGACUAAAAUUCCCUCCAGGCCUGACGCUCCGGCUGAUUGCUCGGACUGUCUAUGUCGCGUUCACAAUGUUCAUAGCAAUCACCUUCCCUUUCUUUGAUGGACUGCUCAGUUUCUUUGGUGGAUUUGCAUUCGCACCGACUACCUAUUUCCUUCCGUGCAUUAUGUGGCUUGCAAUCUACAAACCGAAAAGGUUCGGCCUCUCAUGGUUCACUAACUGGAUUUGCAUUGUUCUUGGAGUGCUGCUGAUGGUACUGGCGCCAAUUGGAGGACUCCGGAAUAUCAUUCUGAAUGCAAAGACAUACAAAUUCUACCAGUAAACAUGAUUAGCUAACACAAACACCUUGUUUUGACCUACAGUUAACAGGACUGCAGAAUGUCUCGGAUCAUCAUCAGCUGAAACCAGUUCUGGAUUUGAUACAGCUUGACACUACAAUUUUUUUGGCACCACAAAAAACUCGUAUUAAGUGGUGCAAGGAAACCGACUACUGUGUCUAAUAUGAGCCUUUUGGAAAGAAAAAAUGGGAAUGCCAUGGCAUCAAUACAAAUUUGGAACAUGUUUCAGUUGAUGACGCCUCUUGACAUGUCCUGUUAGUUAGUGUUAAACUAGGAAUUUGUGCUGAGUUAAACAUAUACAUAUUCUUGGGCAAUUUUUGCUUUUAUGCGCAUAGACUAGGGAGAACAAAUCCUGGUGGUUUGUUUUUCUUCCAUCCAAAGUUCACUAAUGUUUUGGAGUUGGAAGUUUGAAAUAGUGCCAAGAAUAUGUUAUUUGGGACUUGGGAUUUGGCCUUUUCAUUUCAUUUCAUUCCUACUACUACAUAGUAAUGUUUCUUCUACUCAGCUAUCCAUUGGCUUCAUACUUGGACUAUCCUACGGAAGACAGCUUAGUGGGUUUGGUUGCAGCUGUUUUGCCCUUGUGGUCAAAGAGUGUUUUACCCAGGAAUAUGAUGGUGGUCAGUCUUCGGAUUGAUAGCUAUUAGCAUGCAUGUACUCUUUUGUUUCUUUUUUAUUUUCUAUCCUCCAAGAUCUUGUAUCAUCUUGAUGUAAAUUGGAAAUUAAUAAUAUUUUUCUUAUAAUAAAACA